GCGGGGAGGGGAGAGGCUCUGAGAGGCGAGGCCGGGUGCGGCGGCGAGGGCGUCCCAACGGGCGCGGGACGGGACGGGGCAACGCGGGCGCCAGGAGCAGCGGCCCGGUGUCGGGGCGCCUUGCCCCGGGCCCCCCAGCAUGAAGACCCCGGCGGACACAGGGUUUGCCUUCCCAGACUGGGCCUACAAACCGGAGUCAUCCCCUGGUUCAAGGCAGAUCCAGCUGUGGCACUUCAUUCUGGAGCUGCUACGGAAGGAGGAGUACCAGGGCGUCAUCGCCUGGCAGGGAGACUACGGGGAAUUUGUCAUCAAGGACCCUGAUGAGGUGGCCCGCCUCUGGGGUGUCCGCAAGUGCAAGCCCCAGAUGAACUAUGACAAGCUGAGCCGGGCCCUGCGCUAUUACUAUAACAAGCGCAUUCUGCACAAGACCAAGGGCAAGCGGUUCACUUACAAGUUCAACUUCAACAAGCUGGUGCUGGUUAAUUACCCUUUCAUCGACGUGGGGCUGGCCGGGGGUGCAGUGCCCCAAAGUGCCCCUCCAGUGCCAUCAGGUGGCAGCCAUUUCCGCUUCCCCCCUUCAACGCCUUCCGAGGUGCUGUCUCCCACCGAGGAUCCCCGAUCUCCACCGGCUUGCUCUUCAUCUUCCUCUUCGCUCUUCUCUGCUGUGGUUGCCCGACGUUUGGGCCGGGGCUCAGUCAGUGACUGUAGUGAUGGCACGUCAGAGUUGGAGGAGCCUCUGGGAGAGGACCCCCGGGCACGACCACCUGGCCCUCCAGAGCUGGGUGCCUUCCGAGGGCCCCCCCUGGCCCGCCUCCCGCAUGACCCUGGUGUCUUCCGUGUCUACCCCCGGCCCCGGGGUGGCCCUGAACCCCUAAGUCCCUUCCCUGUGUCACCCUUGGCGGGGCCUGGCUCCCUUCUGCCCCCUCAGCUCUCCCCGGCUCUGCCUAUGACUCCCACCCACCUGGCCUACACACCCUCGCCCACGUUGAGUCCUAUGUACCCCAGCGGUGGUGGGGGCCCUAGUGGCUCAGGGGGAGGCUCCCACUUCUCCUUCAGCCCUGAGGACAUGAAACGGUACCUGCAGGCCCACACCCAAAGCGUCUACAACUACCACCUCAGUCCCCGCGCCUUCCUGCACUACCCUGGGCUGGUGGUGCCCCAGCCACAGCGCCCUGACAAGUGUCCGCUGCCGCCCAUGGCACCUGAGACCCCACCGGUCCCCUCCUCAGCCUCGUCUUCCUCUUCCUCCUCUUCAUCCCCAUUCAAGUUUAAGCUGCAGCCACCUCCGCUAGGACGCCGGCAGCGGGCAGCUGGAGAGAAGGCUCCAGGAGGCACCGACAAGAGCAGCGGUAGCAGUGGCUCAAGUGGGCUGGCUGAGGGGGCAGGCGCAUUGGUCCCCCCACCGCCACCACCCCAGAUCAAGGUGGAGCCCAUCUCAGAAGGCGAGUCCGAGGAGGUGGAGGUGACUGACAUCAGUGACGAGGAUGAGGAAGAUGGGGAGGUGUUCAAGACUCCCCGUGCCCCACCUGCUCCCCCAAAGCCAGAGCCGGGAGAGGCACCUGGGGCAGCCCAGUGCAUGCCCCUUAAACUGCGCUUUAAGCGGCGCUGGAGUGAAGACUGUCGCCUGGAGGGGGGCGGGGCUCUGUCUGGGGGCCCUGAGGAUGAGGGUGAGGACAAGAAGGUGCGUGGGAACACGGGCCCUGGGGAGGCUGGAGGGCCACUCACCCCACGACGGGUGAGUUCAGAUCUCCAGCACGCCACAGCUCAGCUCUCUCUGGAGCAUCGAGAUUCCUGAGAGCCAUGGGCAAGGGCCCUCGUGUGCCCCCUCAACACCCCAAGCUUUUGCUGCCUUAACCCCCACAAAGCCCUGGAGGUGAGGGCAGCUCUCUUAGUCUCUUCCCUGCCUCCCCCCUUUCUCCUCCCCACAUUUUGUAUAAAACUUUUUUUUUUUUUUAAAUGGUAGGGUGGGUGGGUACCCACCCAGGACUGGGGGCUAAUCUCCUCAUCUCUGGGUUUCUAAGUUCCGGGCAAAGUGGUGGUGGGGGGCGGGAGGGGGGUGUUAAGGGGGGGCACCUCCAUUCUGGGGAUUUCUAUUUCAGCAGAGGCUUUGGCCUUUUAACACCCAGGAACUUUUUUGUAUUACAAAAAAAGGAAGUAAAGCCUUGACCCCCUCCCUGUUCUCUGCCACUUACCUCGUCCUACCCCUUCCCUUCCGAGCCCCCUCCUCCCAGCCCUAACCCUGCCUUCCUUGCCCCUGUAGGGGCUGUGAGUGCCUGGGUUUCUUAGACCCCACAAGGUUGCAGUAGGGGCCGGAGGGACAAUUUUAUAAACCAAAAAUUCUGUGGGGGUGGUGGGGUGGGAGGCAGAGGAAGGUGAGGGGGGCUGCAAAUCUAUGGGCCACAAAUCUCUUCAAGUGCCUGUUCCCCACUCCACCCCAGUACUGGUCCAGUCCCUCACACCCACCCCCAGCUGGUCCUAGGUCUGACCCAUGGGCAGGUGGGUCAGGGACAGGAAGGGGGUCCCUUGAAACCAAACUGGAAGCCCCUCUCUGCCUCCCAGGGGUGGCCUGGAGGGCUGUGGUCAAGCCUUAUUCUGUAUUGGGAAUGGAGGGUGGGGUGGGACACAAGGGGGCUGCUGGAGAAUGUAUUCAAAACAAUAAAACUUUGGACUUUU